AUGAAUACUGAAGAAUAUGAAGAAGAGAUAAGCUAUGUAGAAUUUGAUUUGCAUUCAGCAAUUUCAAAUGAGUAUGUAGAGGCGGUUUCUCAUGAAGGAGGAUGCUCUAUAAUUGGUUUAGAAGAAGGAAGACCCUAUUUACAAAUUGGUGAAUUUAUUUUUCAAGGCAAUGUUGAUGAGUCAAUUGGGACUCAUUUAUUAUUUGAAAUUAAUGAAAAAACAGAAGAUCAAACUGGGUUACUUCCUUUGUUAACUUCAAUGCGGGUAGAAGAUGGUCAAAAACAGCAAAGAUAUACAGUUAGAUACGCUUGCUCAACCGAAAAAUUAGUUACAUUCGAUAAUGUGAGAGUUAAAGAAAAUUCUUCAGAAAAUCAAGAAAAUAAUAACUCAACGUUUAAAAAGAUACAACUAAACAAACAACCAGCUACUAUUGAAGAUAAUUAUUUAUUAACUUUAUUUAGAGAAAACAAAGAAAUGGAACAAAACCGAUUAGAGAAUGAAUAAAAUAAAAACUUUUCUAUUUGUCAUUACAAUGAAUGGAAAUAUAGGAAU